AGAGGUCAUGUUUUAUAAUGUAAUAGUAUUAUUUUCAGAAAUGUGAAGACUACAGUUUUGUUAAUUUUGUGUUGUGUUGAAAGUUUACUCGUAACUUCGACAAGUGUAGUAAUCGGUACAACGAAAGUUGCGAAAAUGGUAAACUACGAAGACAGUAGGAAACUUUAUAGUGUUUCCUCAUUUUCAUUGUGGAAUGCUGGUAAUCGCAGUGUACCAGCUCAGUAUGGAGCGUUUGCUUCUGUAAAAAGAACUGGCAUUAAUCCAUCAUGGACUCUGAUAGUUCAUUGGAUGGUGAAGUUGAAACUAAAAACGAGGUAGAAAAUAAAUUCAGGAGGUCUGUAGACAGAGAAGAGAAUGAUUAUACACAGGAUGGAAGUGAAGAAGACAGUGAUGACAACUCGGAAAGUGAAGAUUUAAACAGCAGCAAGUCACCACCAAAGUCACCACAAGAACAUUGUGAGAUAUUUCCAAAAUCUCCUGCUUCCUAUCAUAGUAGGUCACCAUCAGGGCUAGACAGGCAUGAUCUAUCUCCAAAAUCAAUGGAAUGCCUUUCUAUCAAGUCACCUCCUCAAGAUGAUGUACAGGAGCAGUCAGAUAGGUCACCAUACUCUACCCCAGUACAGUCUCCACCAGAUGCUGAUAGAGGUGAAAUGUCACCACAGUCUCACAGAUCCACCAAUUCAGAAUCUCUGCCACCAACUGGACAACAAUCACCACCUUCUGUGAGGUCUAGCACAGUAGCAUCCCCACCUCAUCCCAGUAGACAUGGUGACUCUCCCAAAUCUGAUGAUUUACAUUGUGACUCACCUAAAUCUGAUGACGUACAAAGUGAUUCUCCUAAAUCUGAUGAUGUACAAAGUGAUUAUUCUAAAUCUGAUGAUGUACGAGGUGACUCUCCGAAGUCUGAUGAUGUACGUGGUGACUCUCCAAAGUCUGAUUAUGUACGUGGUGACUCUCCGAAGUCUGAUUAUGUACGUGGUGACUCUCCGAAGUCUGAUUAUGUACGUGGUGACUCUCCGAAGUCUGAUUAUGUACGUGGUGACUCUCCUAAGUCUGAUUAUGUACAUGCUGACUCCCCUAAAUCUGAAGAUGUACGUGGUGACUCGCCUAAAUCUGAAGAUGUACGUGGUGACUCUCCUAAAUCUGAAGAUGUACGUGGUGACUCUCCUAAAUCUGAGUAUGUACGUGGUGACUCCCCUAAGUCUGAUUAUAUACGUGAUGACUCCCCUAAAUCUGAUUAUGUACAUGGUGACUCCCCUAAAUCUGAUUAUGUACAUGGUGACUCCCCUAAAUCUGAUUAUGUACAUGGUGACUCCCCUAAAUCUGAUUAUGUACAUGGUGACUCCCCUAAAUCUGAUUAUGUACGUGGUGACACCCCUAAAUCUGAUUAUGUACGUGGUGACUCUCCUAAAUCUGAUGAUGUACGUGGUGGCUCUCCUAAAUCUGAGUAUGUACAUGGUGACUCUCCUAAAUCUGAGUAUGUACAUGGUGACUCUCCUAAAUCUGAUGAUUUACAUGGAGACUCUUCCAAACCCACCAAUGUACCUACUGGCUCUCCUACACCCCUCAGUGUACAUGGUGGCUCUCCUACACCCCUCAGUGUACAUGGUGGCUCUCCUAAAUCCCUCGAUGUACACAGUGACUCUCCUAAAUCUCGCAACGUGCACAAUGACUCUCCUAAAUCCAGUGACAUACAUGGUGACUCUCCUAAAUUGGGCAAUGUACAUGGUGACUUUCGGAAAUCUGAUGAUGAAGAUGUUGAUGACGAUGAUGAUGGGGAACUUUCGGACUCGAGUCAGAGUGGCAGAUCUAGCAGACAGAGUGAUGCAUCUUCUGUAAAAUCUAAGAGAAGUGAACAAAAUGGUAUUGUUGUGAAUGCUGUUGAAAUUGUAAAUAAAGAAGAAACUCUGAAUGUUAAUCAGAAACAGGAGAAAAAUGAGAUGGAAACUGAAAGUACAGUUAAAAAAGAUGGUAUUCCUGGUCAUGGCGAAGAUUUAUCUGAUGUUUCAGAUUUAGACAGUAAUGAUGGUAAUGAUAGUUUGGAUGCAAUAUCUGAAGAAGACCGCCAGAAAAGAAAGAAUGAAGAGAACAAAAAAGUUGAGGGUGGAAAAGUAAGGAAAGACUCUUCUGCCGUGGAGGAAAUGGAACAGUUAGAUUUUGAAGCUGAAGAACAGCAGGAAAAGGAAGACAGAGAAGAAGGUGAAUGUGAAGAGAAGAAGGAUGAGAAGAGUGAUGAUGAAGGUGAAUUGAAGGGUGAUGAUUUAGAAGAAGGAGAACUAACUGAUGAUGAUGAAAAUCGGCCCGAGGAAACAGAGCCACGGCCAGUUUGUCGAUUUUACAACCGUGGACAAUGCACUUGGGGCUCUAAUUGCAGAUUUCUGCAUCCCGGUGUGACUGACAAAGGAAAUUACACAAUGUUCGAUAUGGUGAGGCCUCUUGUGCCGAUGAAUGGUCCACCAGUAUACCCAGUGAUGGACUACAGGCCAUAUGAGAGAGUACCUAUGGGUGCUCCUUACGCAGGACCUCGGAAAGAUGACCCACCAGUUUUUGAGUCAGCUUGGGAAAGAGGUUUGCGGCAGGCUAAAGAGAUGAUGCGGAAGUCCACGAAGCGCAAGGAAACGGAUAUGGAUUUUGAAGAGAAGAAGAUGAAUCUUAGUCUCGGCCAAGAAGAAUUGGAUAAGGAGAAUGAUUACUACACACGUCCAGCUAGUCCAAUACUGAGAGACGACGCAGAUCGGUGGGGAGGUUAUAUGUAUGACAGCAUGAGACCGGAUGCAGAGACAAAGUACCGCCCUCACGUCCGAGAGAGCAGCAUAUUGGCAGACCGAUUCGAAGAUGUGCCAGAGUCUCCAUACUACCACAGCUCCCGAGGAGGCAGCGACUAUUGGCGGCGUGUUCACUACGAACCUGGAGAGUCACGUGCUCUUCGUGUGGAAGCUGAGUACAGCAGAAGUGAACGUUCAAGCAAGUACCACCAGCGUUCCAGUGGGCCUUCCUCAGACUACUAUGACAAAUAUGAUAAGAAAAGUAGUUCUAGUAGCAGUCGUCAGAAACCACCACCUUCACGAGAAGUCAUUGUGGAGCGUGCAGAGAAAGCUUGGCGGGAUGACAGGUAUGCAGAAAUAUCUGUUCCAAGCCACAGAGGCCGGGGAGAUGAGUGGGCUGAUCCAUGGAUGCGUUCAAAGUCACCAUCCAGUAGAAAAACGGGAUCAUCAAACAAAUGGCCCACUCGGCGUCCUUCUUAUUCAUCAGCAUCCUCAUACUCUUCGUCUAGUUCAAGUCGAAGUUCCAGCCAUUCCAGCUACAGUUCUUACAGUCGCGAUUCACGGUCCGGGUCCCGUUCGAAGUCCAAGUCCGUGUCGCGGUCCAGGUCCCGCUCCAGAUCUCGCACACCUCAUUCCCGAUCUAGCUCGAGGACACCCCUGUCCCGUGCACGGAGGAAAGCCAAUCGACCUCUCGUUCCUACUGCACGCACCACAACUGCGGCCGCUGCAGCUGCAGCCGCUGCUGCUGCUGCUACUGCUGCUGCAUCUGCCAACAAUGAUGCACCUCGUUCACCCCCUGCCUCUCCUCGCAAGCCCUCCUCUAAGACAUCAGCAGCAGAACCACGAUCAUUUGUCAAGACUGCCAAGCCACUUGCAUCAACAGUUACCCAGUCAGAGAAAAAGGCAGCUAAUGAAAGGGUACUCCUGAUGAAUCCGCCAGCUCCCAGCCCUCGCAAGCCGAAGGAAGUAAGACCACCUUCGCCUGGAAUGAGGAGUAAAUCUGCACAGAAUCCUCCAGCACCUGUUCCAAAUACAGUUCCUCCUCGCAUUCCUGCUGUCUCCAAAUUAGCAAUGGAUCGUUCCAAAAUUGUUUUGGCUGCUGCAAUGUCUAAUAAAGAAAAGCAACGUUCACGAUCUCGAUCAAGGUCGAGGUCGAGGUCAUCACGAUCUUCAUCUGGCUCAGAUUCAAGUGGUUCCAGCAGUGAUUCAUCAGGUUCCAGCUAUUCUUCAUCUUCAAGCAGCAGGGAACCUUCACCAAAAGUCGUGCGGCCUCAGAAGCGUGUGGUAAUAGAUGAGAGAGAAAGACUUGCCCUUACACAGUCUUUGAAGGUUAAAGCAAUGGAUGCAUUAAAGCUCUCUGGUCAAAAGCAGCAGAUCAAAUUAACCUUGAAAACACCUGGGUCAAACCCUGCAGCACCUGCAAAACGGACUGUUACUGGUCUUCCAGAGCUCCCAGAACUAAACUUGGUUCGAAGAGAUCGAGCAGCGCCACCAAUUAUAGCAGGCCGGAAAAGACCAGCGGAUACGCCAUUGUCAGCAGAGUCAGUUUUAGCAGCCAAGGUGGCCGCACUUUCUAAACAAGGAAGCAGCAAGAAAGCAACUUCUAGGAGAGAAGAGUUGUUGAAGCAACUAAAAGCAGUUGAAGAUGCUAUUGCUAGGAAAAGAUCAAAGAUCUAAGUUUUUAACAAUCACACAUAAGCUCAUUGUGUCUUGUAACAGUAAAUAAAUAUUCCAUGUGUCUCAGUGGACAAAGUUCCCUGAAGUACUAUUAAGUCUUUUUAAUCAGACUGCUGAAAAAUACACUGCUAACUUUGUUCAUUGCAGAUUUCCAGUGAUUACCACUAAAUACUUAAUUGCAGUGAAUGACAAAGGCAGUGAAAUUCGCAUAAACAAAAAUUCAGAGUAUGUAAUACUCAUAAUUAUUAAGAGAAAGCUGUCUGGUGCCAAUACACUAUUAUGGGAGCAUUAAUACCCGCAGUUUAAAUCAAAAUGUCAAAUUUGCACAUUUCUGUCUGUAUCAAAAAUGAUUUUAUUGAGAGAUUACUUUUUUAACUUUCCGUCUUGUGUUUUAAAUGUGUCUAAAAUGUACAUUAUAAUACAUAAAGUCUCCUUUGUUGAAGUUUAAAUUAUUUCUACUCAUAUUUCAUGCAAAGUGUAAAUAUACGUAAGUACAGUAAUUAUAGUUCAUUUUGUACGCAUCUUAUGAUAAAUACAUGUACUAUUGAGACAUAGUAAUGCCUUAUGUGUUGUAGUUUAAUUUGUGUAAAAGUUUUUGAAUAAAAGGCAACAGUAAUUG